AUGUACAAAAUUGAAGUAAAUGACUACACGUUGAUUGUUUUUGUAGGAUGUGACUCCAUUCCAACAGACUCGUUUAAAGGAUUACGGGUAUUUGUCCACAAUGCAGACGAUUUUCCUGCCGUUGCAGAACGUGGUUACAUCGUGGGGCCUGGAAUGGAGACCCAAGUCGGCGUGACAGCAGUUGACACUUAUUCGGGGGAUGUACUCCGCGGUUUCUCUGCCAAAACGAGAGGAUGUUUUUUUCCAGAUGAAUUUCCUCUCAAAUUCUACAAGGAAUAUUCCAGAUCUGCUUGCAUUGUGGAGUGUGAAACAGAGUUUGUUUUUCAGGAAUGUCAAUGUGUGACAUACUUUUCACCAGGAAAUUACAGUGUAUGCACACUAAAAAAGUUUCAAGAAUGUGUGAAAAAGGCUUUAGAUGCCAUCCAGAAGAAAAACUUACCAACUGCAGUAUUUGAGUCUAGCCCGGAGACUACAAUGUUCAACUUUAAAUCAAAGAAGGACAGAGAGCAGGACAAGUCGUGUGCACAAUUUUGUUUGCCAUCGUGCAACGAAACGUUCUACAAUGUUUUUGUAACGGCAGCCGAUUUUCCAAAUCAACCUUUGGCCAAUCAGACUAAAAUGUUGAGGGAGGCGAUUGUCGAGGGUGGGCUGACACAUUUGAAUGAUAUCAGCUAUGUCAGUGGUAGCAUCAGCGUGCUCCGAAUUUUCUUUCGAGAGUCUUCAAUCAUGCAGUACAAACGCGAUGAACUUUUCACCUGGGAAGAUUUUGUCAGCGCAUGGGGAGGGGUGAUGAGUUUGUGCAUGGGAUUCAGUAUUACCAGUCUGGUCGAAGCGAUUUACUUUUUUACAUUCCGAAUGCAUUUGGACAAGAAGAAAAUGCGAGAAAAUAAAACCGUGGCAGAAUUUGUUAAUUAAGCUUAAUGAUUUAUAAUGUGUGCAUUGUUUUUUUAUAAAUUGCAUAGUCAAUUAAUUAAUUAUUUAAGUGAAUGUACGUAUUACUGGAGUAAUAGUCAAUAAAAUAAAUAUACAUGGA